AUCUUGGCUGCAGCUGCGCGACGAUGCUCGGUCGGCUGUGUUGCGCGACGUUUGUUUUCGACAUAUGCAGAGAGGCAGGUCCCGAAGAAGGGUGACAGAGUAAUCGUCGCCAUGUCCGGAGGCGUAGACUCCUCCGUCACGGCAAAGUUGCUCGCAGACCAGGAUUAUGAUUUGUCUGCCGUUUUCAUGCGCAACUGGGAUACGCGAGACGAGACCGGCACCGACCGCGGCUGCGAAUGGGAAAAGGACUGGGAAGACGUCCAACGCGUCUGCAAAGCCCUCGGCAUUCCAUGUGACAUGAUUGAUCUCUCGCGGGAAUAUUGGACGCGCGUGUUCGAACCCUCGUUGGAGGCCUGGCAGAACGGCGUGACGCCGAAUCCGGAUGUUUGGUGCAACAAAGAGGUGAAAUUUGGCGCUCUCACCGACCACCUCCCUCCGUCGGCUUGGAUUGCCACAGGUCACUACGCUCGCAAGUCAUGGCACCCUGUUCAUAAACGUCCGCAAUUGCUCCGGUGUGCGGACCGCCGUAAAGACCAAACGUAUUUCCUCGCCUCAGUUUCCGAGACUGGCCUCGAGCGAGCACUAUUUCCUAUAGCGCACCUGAAAAAGGACGAAGUGAGGGAGAUCGCGAAACAAGCGGGCUUACAUACCGCAGAAAGGGAGGAGAGCAUGGGGAUAUGUUUUGUCGGCGAGAAGAGAAGGUUUUCUGACUUCAUAACUCAAUAUAUACCUCCAUGCCCGGGCCCUGUUAUCCACGAAGUGACCGGGAAGCGCCUCGGGUCGCAUCAGGGCUUGAUGACUUAUACUAUCGGCGAGAACUGGAGAGCGUCUGGUAUGGUAGAGAGAAUGUUUGUUUCAAGGAAGGAUACCAAAAACAACACCAUAUAUGCCGUCCCUGGAAGCAACCAUCCAUUCUUGUUCGUGGAUGCCGUCACGACGAAUGCGUUCUCCUGGAUAUGGGCCGAUUGCCCUCCACCUGAAAUCCAUACGCCGGAUGGUUACAAGUGUCGUAUGCAGCUUCGCCACAAGAUGGACAGUGUUCCCUGCACGGUUCGAGCUCGCAGCGAAGGCCGAAUACGGAUAAGCCUCGAUGAACCACUCAAAGCCGCAGCCGAGGGCCAAGUAGUGGUAUUAUGGGACGACGACUGGUGUUUGGGUUGCGGAGUCAUCACCAGGACCUCCAGAGCCCAAACAUUGUGACUUGGGGACUACCGGAUUGUAUUAAAAUGCCAAAUCACGGAUCUUGCCAGAGCAGAAUGUAUUUGCAGCACGGGCAAAGUGGAGUGGGACGUUGACUAUGCACUGCAUGUUUUGGCGGGGCUCCUCGCGGACAUCUUUGCCUACUGCGGGGAACUUUUACCACCUUACAAAUACACUCUAGUAUCGCC